ACCAUUUCACUCGGUUCCUUUCCAGCUUCUGUCUGAGUGUGAGAAACGGCGAGAUGUCCGGACGCGGUAAAGGAGGCAAAGGACUCGGCAAGGGAGGCGCCAAGCGCCACCGCAAGGUUUUGCGGGACAACAUCCAGGGCAUUACAAAGCCUGCGAUCCGCCGUCUCGCCCGCCGAGGGGGCGUCAAGCGCAUCUCCGGGCUGAUUUACGAGGAGACCCGGGGCGUGCUGAAGGUGUUCCUGGAGAACGUGAUCCGCGACGCCGUGACCUACACCGAGCACGCCAAGCGCAAGACCGUCACGGCCAUGGACGUGGUGUACGCGCUGAAGCGCCAGGGCCGCACGCUGUACGGCUUCGGCGGCUGAGCUAGCGACUCCCACA